AUGCACCAUGUGCUGUUGCGGUCGUCCUCUGUGGAUCCCGGUGUGGUGAAAGAGGGGGAUGCUGGACGGUUGGCCGUCGCUGACUCAGAGCAUGGCAUGCCUUUCCUUUCCUUUCCAGAAAUCUGCAAAGUCUGGGCUUCCACAUCUAGGCACAUCCGGAGACAGCUCUUGCAGAAGAGGGCAGUGGACAUUGGAGUCGGGACAUUUGCACUUGUCCCAGCGCAUGCCAUGGUGGGAGAGGACAAGGUUUUGCCUGUGGAGAGACCCGUGUUCCAGCCGUGCAGGCUUCUGAGGAAAUUUUACAAGCUCAAGUGUGCAAAGAGCAAAAUUCCUGACGAGACACCGUUCGUUCAGCUGGACUUUGAGCACAUUGCGGCUGACAUCCACUUCCGCCGAGAAAUCGUGGAGCGCUGCAUACACGAGACCCUGCUUUUCUUUGCUGGGGCCCUCCGAGACAAUAAGGAGGUGGAAUUCUCCUUCAAGGGCCUUGGCAUCCUUGCUGUACGAAGAAAAGUGGUCAGCAUGACCUUCUCUGAUGACUGCCUGCUGGAGCUGGAUCCCACAGGGAACAUGCUGGAAGCUCUUCUCGGGGACUCGAAGAUGAUGAGUAUCGUGGCCUUUGCAGGCAAAAACAAUUUUAGUCGGCUCAGUCGAGACGGGGUCAUCACGCUGCCAAGGCUUGCACUUGAGAUCCCCCACCAAGGGGACCCGGCAACUUCUCUGAAGCCCAGGAGAGAGUCGGCACCUUGGGGCGGGGGUGCCCGCAGAGUGAGCGUGCUAGAUCCAGUGUUCCUGGCUCAGCGGAGGGUUUCUCUAGCCAGGCAGCAGGCUAAAGCCACGAAAGCUGGCCAAGCCAGAUUCCUGCCAGUGGUCCACAAGGCCCAGGAGGAGCUGAAGCAGCCCAAACCUCCAGCUCAGCCGCGGUUGAAGCUCCCUGCGUGUGCUCCGCAGCCCUCAGUAACGGGAACGAGCUCCCUCCGGACUGAGAGGGCAGAAAAAAGACUCCGGCUGCUGAUGGCAUCCAAGCGCCAAGAGGUGGAAGAGGAAGCGUGGCGCCAAUACCAUGCCGACAGAACAAGGCAGAACAUGGGCCGAGGCCAGGUAUAG